CUCCAAUUCCUUCACAGCUUCCUUCAACUUUUUAAUCCUAGGAAGUGUAAUCGCUAUUCCUGGAUUCCCUUCAAAAUCUUCUGAUUUCAGAUUUUGAGGGUUGUCCAUAGGACAUAGGCAGCUGUUCAUCCAUCUCCGUAUUGUCCAUGCCAUCAGGCCAGCUAUGCAAUUUUUGAAUGCGGAUGAUUGAUCAGAAACCUUUUAAAACUUACUAACCAGCUGAAACCAUGACCAUUAGGAGUGUCAGAUUCUUUUUCACGUCAUUUUCUAAUCCCUCUACUCUAAUUCCAAAUCCAAGUUUCCGCUGUUUUUGCACUAACACAACAGCUGUAAAACGAAUAUCUCAAGUUCAAUAUCCUCUACAACUCCAAGAAAAAUCCCCCCAAAGAAAUCUCAUUGCAGUGUCAAGUCUUCUGAAAAAAUAUGGUUUUCCAACUCUAGAACUUUCCAAUUUUCUCGAGAAGAAUCGUCGUUUACUAAAUCUAGACCCCACCAAAAUUGAAAAAUCCCUUAAGAUUCUAUUAUCCUUGAAACCAUCUCAAGAAUUCCUAGUGUCCAUGAUAAAUAGUUGUCCCAGGCUUCUAGAAUAUGAUGCUAUAAAGAAAUGGGAAGGAGGCAUCCGAGGAUUAGAAGAAGGAUCCAAUUUAUCCUCCUUGGCUAUUCAGAACAUUCUGGAGGUCUCGAUGAAGUUUGAACUAGAUUAUGAUUGUGUUUUGGGGUCUUUGAAAUGUCUGAAGGAUUUAGGAGUUAGUGAUAAUACUUUAAAUAAAGUUUUGGAGACACAUCCCAUGGUAACUACGAUUUGUGCAGACAAGAUUCAUUACAGUUUUCAAUUCAUUGUUGAUGCCUUUGGUAUUGGCAACCUUGAGUUUGAUCGCAUUCUCCGUGUCUAUCCGGGUGUUUUGUCCUUUGGGAUUCAAAAUAAGUUUAAACGAUUGCUUGAUGAAUUUAAAGUUCUGGGUUUUAACAUGGAAGUGGUUAAGAAACAGCUUCUGAGAGAUCCUAGAAUUCUUGCAUUGGAAGUUGGGGAGUUAUCGCGGUGUUUGGAGCUGCUUAAGAGUUUGAAAUGUAGGGAAUCUAUUAAGGAGGAUAUUUUUCAUGAUGGGGCUUUUAAGGCUGGGUGUGAGGUGAAACUAAGGGUUGAUUGCUUACGCAAUCAUGGGAUAACAAUAAGGGAUGCUUAUUCUGUGUUAUGGAAAGAGCCAAGAGUGAUACUUUAUAACAUUGAUGAUGUUGAGAGGAAGAUUCAGUUUUUAUUGCACGUGAUGAAAGUUGAUAUUCAGUGUCUUGUUGAAGUUCCAGAGUACCUUGGGGUGAAUUUCGAGAAACAUAUUCUUCCAAGAUUCAAGGUAAUUGACCAUUUAAGAUCAAUAGGAGGACUUGGUGAUGAGGUGGGGUUGAGGGAGUUGAUUAGACCUAGUAGAAUGAAAUUUUAUAAUCUAUAUGUAAAGCCUUAUCCAGAGUGUGAAUCAAUGUAUGGAAGAUUUUCAAGAAAUGCUGAAGCGAGAAGUCAACAUCCAGUGGGAAUGUGGAGGCUUUUCAAACCACAAAAUAAUCCAAAGUCCAAAGUAGAUAUUAUGAACAUUAAGUCAUAUAUGGAGUCGUUGGCUUGAGUUCUGGAUUCUUCCUUAGAUUCUACCGGACAUACAUCUAUGUAGCAUUCUUUUGGAAGAUCCUUUUCUGAGGCUUUCAGACAUUUGUGGCAUUGAUCUUGAUGAAGCAGCAUUGAGAGUUAGCAAGCAACCUUGCCAAGGCAAGCAACCUUGGCCUCUUGGCAGGAGGUUAGCUGUCUCCUCCUUUCUGGUGCUACACCUGAACUUGAAGCUACGGUCAGAUCCAAUCAACCUAUUCGACCAAACCCUAGAAUUUAGAAUGGCUGGCCUGUUACCAGCAAACGGCCAAGAGAGUGGGUUUUUUACGGUCUCUCAUGGUGUGGUAAUAGUGUAAUCACUCUCUAUGCCAUGUCAGCAAAAUACGGUGUAAUAACUCCAUUUCGGACUAGUUUAGAGGGGUAAUUGGACCCGUAGAAAAUGGAAGAGUAAACGAAGUGAACAACUUGUUUAUGUUUUCUUGUAUGCUAUAUGAACUAAGAAGUUCCUGUACA